AUGAAGCAGUUUUGUCUUGGUCUCCUGAUUUGGGAAGCUCUCCUCAUCUCUCCGGUGAUGCCACAGAUGAAGAUGAGUGACAAAGAAAUGGAAACCUUGAUAAGAGAUGCUCUAACAACAGCACGAGACUCCAUGGAAGACAUGACCCCAGUUAGCAACAAAGUAUUCCGUGACAACACUGACCCGAAACCGUCACCAGACAAAACAGUAAUGGUGAUGGCCUGGGGUCAAUUCAUCGACCAUGACUUCAUCAGAACACCAAUCUCGUCAGGACAACGCGAACAGCUAAAUUCUCUCACGUCGUACAUAGAUGCUUCCAAUGUGUACGGGUCUACACAGGAUCAACAGGAUUCGCUAAGGACGAAAUAUCAUGGUGGGCUGAAAAUGAAAGGGAACGGAUUACCGGGUAGGCCAACAGGCUGUGUAAUAGACCAAAGUCCAAACGAUUACUGCUACCAUGCAGGUGAUGAACGUGUUAACACAGUUCCAAGUCUGGGCACAACUCACAUCAUAUUUCUACGUGAUCAUACUAGGAUUGCAAACGAAUUAACGAAUAUCAAUCCUAUGUGGACAGAUGAAAUCAUCUUUCAAGAAACAAGAAAGAUCAUAUCAGCAUUCAACCAACAAAUAACAUACGGUGAAUUUUUACCCGUUCUACUAAAUGAAAAGCUGAUGAAGAAUUAUGGGCUUAACAAUGCGCCAUGCCAUUCAGAUGUGUACGAUGAGACCGUGAAUGCCGCCACUGGUAACGCUUUUGAUGUCGCUGUAUUUCGUUUUGGACAUACACUGAUUCCUCAUUUUCAAGGAUUGAUGAAUGACGACCUGGUCACGAUAGAAAAGUUUAAAACAGAAACAACAUUUAAUAGGCCAUUUCUGAUACAGAAGGCUAACGGUACAAACCAAUAUUUCAUGACUAGGUGGAUGACUGUAGGUCCUGCAGGUCGCAUGGAUAGGAUAUUUGAGAAAGCUAUCCUUGACUUACUGUUUGUGGACAGCAAUGGAGACAGUUUCGAUCUACCGUCUUUAAAUAUUCAAAGAGGACGUGACCACGGCACCCCUGGUUACAACGACUGGAGGAGGUGGUGUAACCUUCCACGGGCAACCCACUUUGGCUCCAACGCCGGUGGCCUGGUUAAUCACACUCCCGACAAUGCAAUGCGACUUGGCAACGUUUAUCAGGAUGUUGACGACAUCGAUCUGUUCGCUGGCGGCAUCACAGAGACACACAUAGAAGGGGGUGGAAUCGGACCAACGUUUGCAUGUAUGCUUGGACGGCAAUUUAAAAACUUCAAAAUUGGAGACAGAUUCUGGUAUGAGCAACCGCCACAACAUUUAGGAGGAACUGGUUUUACGAAGGGCAAGUACAAAAAAAUCAGGCAACUUUGA